AUGAUCAAUAAAGACUUAUCUAAAAAACUAAUUCAUACAACGCUUACUCUUAAUUCGACCACCCUUUAUACUACUGAAAAUGCUCAGUUGGUUCAUUUAAUCAAUAACUUGAAUUGUUCCGAGUUGAUAUCACAGGAACUCGGGCUUAUAAAUGCUUCUAAAACACUUAUUGGCUCGAUUCCAUUAACAAGUAGCAAGAUUACUAAUUUUAAUCUUUUACUUUAUUUUAUGAAAAAGACAAUACAUAAUAGUGAUGGAAGUACCGAUCUAGUAACGGUUAUUACAAUUACUGAUGCGGAAGUUAAUAAGACUUUGAUUUUAUCAGUUUUAAAGAAAAUAACUGAUAAAUACGUUGAAUUUAGACUGGAUAUGGAAAAUAAUGAUAAUCAAGGUAAAGCAAAAUCGGGAGAGUUCAAACUCUAUAUGAAUCAAAUUAUUAAAUUUGAAGAAAUGCAUUAUGAUAGUAAUCAACGUAUAUAUAACUAUGGAUCAAUCAAUGGUCGUGGAGAUCGCGAUGGAUCAACUAGUCCAUCUGCAAAUGACGUGAUUAACCCAAACCAGCUUCUUUUAGCUAAUGAAGAAGUCGAAGAAGUUCGAAAUUUGAUGCUUGAUAACAUUAAUAAAUUACUACAUAGAGGUGAUAAAAUACAUUUAUUAGUUGAUCAAACCGAUCGUCUUACCAAUUCUUCUCUGGUUUUCCAAAAGAGAGCCCAGUCCAUUAAGAAGAAAAUGUGGCUAAGUAAAACUAGAUUGAUGAUUAUGUUGAUCGCAGGUGGUAUAUUACUUAUAUAUCUACUUUUAGGUGUUGAAUGUGGUCUACCUUUCUUUAGCCAAUGUUUCCAUCAUUAAUUUAAUAUAUAUAUACAUAUAAAUCUGAAAUAAACUAUUCUUCGUCCGAUGAUUCACCACUUUUAGCAUCGUUUUGGUCUCCAUAUUCUUCACCACCCAAUUCAUUCUCUUCUUGUCCUAAUAUUGCAAUUGGGUUAGACUGCGGAACUUCACCUUCUUCCUCCCCACCAUCUACAUCCUCUUCAUCAUUUGCAUCAUCUUUUGCGUCUUCAAAAUUAUCUUCCUCUUCUUCUUCCUCUUCCUCUUCAUGUUCAAUUUUAUCUUCCAGUUUCUGAAUACCUUGUUCUGAAUUAUCCUUUAAUUUCUUAGCAGCCGGUUGAGUAUUUGGAUCUUCAACCUUAGCACUCUUAUUCUCUAAUCUUUGUUUCUUUUUCAAUACAGUAUUAUUUUC